AUGAAGAGCUUCAAGAAACUUUGUAGCGCGCUUGCGCUUGGUUGUCUUGCUAUUGGGAGUGCGGCUAGGGCUGUAGGGUAUUCUUCGCCCAAGGAUUGGAUCAAGCCGUACAAGAGGGAAGUGCUUCAGGAUAUUGUAACCUGGGAUGAGGACUCGCUUUUCGUUCACGGCGAGCGCAUCUUCUUGUACUCGGGUGAAGUUCAUCCUUACCGUCUGCCUGUUCCAACACUCUACCUGGAUAUCUUCCAGAAGAUCAAGGCUCUUGGCUACAAUGGCGUUUCCUUUUACGUUGAUUGGGCGUUGCUUGAAGGCACGCCUGGAGUAUACCGUGAAGAGGGCGUUUUUGACUUGCAACCCUUUUUUGACGCUGCGAAGGAAGCAGGCAUCUACCUGCUUGCCAGGCCAGGUCCUUACAUCAAUGCCGAAGUUUCUGGCGGAGGCUUCCCCGGCUGGCUUCAAAGGGUUGAGGGUAUGUUGAGAACGCGUGCCGAAGACUACUUGAACUCAACCGAUAACUAUAUGAAGAACGUCGGCGCUAAGAUUGCAUCUGCCCAGAUUACAAACGGAGGACCCAUCAUCUUGGUGCAGCCAGAGAAUGAGUACACACAGGCCACUUCGGCGAUCAAGCCUUUCCCAGAUCCUGUAUACAUGGAAUAUGUCGAGAACCAGAUUCGCAGUGCCGGCAUUAUCGUGCCUUUGAUCAGCAACGACGCUUCGGCUCAAGGAAACAACGCUCCAGGAAAACCUGCUGCUGUCGAUAUCUACGGCCACGAUGGUUACCCUCUUGGUUUCGAUUGUGCCAACCCAAACACGUGGCCUGACAGAAAUCUGCCAACAAACUGGCAUGAAAUCCACGAGACGCAGAGCCCAAGCACGCCAUACUCGAUUAUUGAGUUCCAGUCCGGUAGUUUUGACCCUUGGGGCGGACCAGGCUUUGACAAAUGUGGUAUCCUUGUAGGCGCCGAGUUCAACCGCGUUUUCUACAAGCAACUGUACAGUUUCGGUGUCACAAUUCUGAACCUGUAUAUGACCUACGGUGGUACCAACUGGGGUAAUCUUGGCCAUCCUGGAGGUUACACGAGUUAUGACUACGCAGCACCAAUCCGAGAGGAUCGCCAAGUUGACCGCGAGAAGUACUCUGAACUCAAGCUUCAAGCAAGUUUCCUCAAGGUUAGCCCUGCUUAUCUAACUGCCUCGCGAGGUAAUGCUUCAACAACUGCCUGGACCACCAACAGUGCUUUGAGCGUUACUCCUGCUACCGACAAAGACACAAAGUUCUACUUUCUCAGGCACAACAAGUACAACUCUCUCGAUUCCACAAGCUACAAACUCAAAAUCCAGACUUCAACUUUCGGCAACAUCACCGUUCCGCAGAUGAAUGGCACUUCGCUUACGCUGAAUGGCCGCGAUUCCAAGGUUCAUGUCAGCGACUAUGAUAUCGGUGGCGCUAACCUCAUCUACUCUACCGCCGAGGUCUUCACCUGGCACAAGUAUGAGGAUAAGACCGUUUUGGUUGUAUAUGGUGGACCCGGGGAGACCCACGAGCUUGCACUCGCCGUCACGGGACUGGAUGUCCUCGAAGGCGAUGUUAAGAGCAUCACUACCCGCGGAGUUACACUGCUGAACUUUGUGGCCGACGGCACGAGAAAGGUGGCCAAGGUUGGGGUUGAUAGCUUCAUCUACGUGUACAUGCUCGACCGCAACGAGGCUUUCAAUUACUGGUCUGUCGACCAAGCCCCGCACGACUCCUCAAGUCCGGUCAUGCUCAAGGCGGGCUACCUGAUGCGCACUGCCAAGGUCACUGGUGACACUAUCGCACUCACUGGUGAUUUGAAUGCAACAACACCAGUCGAAAUCAUUGGCGGCGCACCCUCCAGUGUUUCCACAAUCACAUUCAACGGCAAGGCUCUCGACUUCACCAAGUCGGAAGCAGGUACCCUAGUCGCGAACGUCGAAUUCACCAAGCCCGAGCUCAGCAUCCCUCAGCUCAGCUCUCUGGAAUGGAAGUAUGUCGACUCCCUGCCUGAAAUCCAACCCGGAUACGACGACAGCAAGUGGACCGUGGCCGAUCUGAAGAAGACAUACAACUCAAAGCGUCCUCUAAACACACCCGUAUCACUCUACAGCUCCGACUACGGCUACCACACCGGCACCCUACUCUUCCGCGGUACCUUCACCGCCACAGGCAACGAAUCCACCUUCUACCUCACCACCCAAGGCGGCUCCGCAUUCGGCUCUUCCGCCUGGAUCGGCUCCCAUUUCCUCGGCUCUUGGAGGGGCUACGACCGCGCCAUGAGCGGCAACUCGACUUUCACAAUGCCGAACCUCACAAAGGGGAAAACCUACACAAUCACCGUCGUAAUCGACAACCAAGGUCUCGACGAGAACUGGACUAUUGGCACCGAAACAAUGAAGAACCCCCGCGGCAUCCUAGAAUACAAGCUCGCGGGUCACGACGCCUCGGAUAUUGCGUGGAAGCUCACCGGUAACCUCGGCGGAGAGGACUAUAAGGAUAUCUCACGUGGGCCCCUUAAUGAAGGCGGUUUGUUCGUCGAAAGACAGGGUCUCCACCUCCCCGGUGCAUUGUCAGCCUCAACCGCCGGAUGGAAAGCUUCCCCUGGCCCCGUGGCCGCUGGUAUCACAGCUCCAGGAAUCGGCUUCUUCGCCACGGAAUUCGACCUCAACAUGCCCGCCGGUUAUGACAUCCCACUCAGCUUCACCUUCACAAACAGCACCGCAUCUUCAGGGAACGGGUCCAGCGUGCCCGCUUACCGCGUCCAGCUCUACGUCAACGGAUGGCAGUACGGAAAAUAUGUCAGCAACGUGGGUCCACAGCUCAAGUUCCCUGUUACAGAGGGAAUUCUGAACUACACCGGCACUAAUUAUUUGGGUAUCUCAUUGUGGAACUUGGAUGGAGGUGCGGCCAAUGUGGAAGGCUUGGAAUUGACGGCUGAUGCGAUGAUUUGGAGUGGAAUGCAGACUGUGAAGACGGUUGAAGGCCAAGUGUACGAGCCGAGGUCGGAUGCCUAUUAA